AAAAUAAAAGUGAAUUUGUUCUUUAUUGUACGAGCAUAUAUCCGGCUUGAACUAUAAAUGUUGACUGAUAGAUGAUCACGAUGGAUCGGUUGUGUAACGUAUGUGUGCUACUACUUCAUCUCAUUUGGUGUGCUGUUGGUCAUCAUUACGGACUUGGACCAACAAACGCAGACAUUACAAGUAUUCGGCUAACUAGGUCACGUGAAGGAAGAGAAGGUCUUGAGGGACAAGUCGAGUUGUACUUUAACAAUAGUGCAAUAAUGACACCCCAAUGGGGCGUGAUAUGUGGGGAUUUCGAUGAAAAUGCUGCCAAGAUUGUAUGUAGGGAGCUCGGUUUCCCAGUGGGCACUCGAGCAGUUCCACUUCUAGAUUCUCAUUUCGGACUACAAGAUAGGCAGACGUUCAUACAUCUUCCUCUAAAUGCGUGUGCGGGUGAUGAGGAAAGGCUGAUAGAAUGUCAACAUUCGCCCAUCCUGGAGGAACAUUGGCCCGAAGACAUUUCAUGUAAUCGUACGGACAUCCACAGGGAUAAUGAAGACGGUUCCAAGAACAUCAUUGGCGUCUCUUGUGGUUCCGAACCCGAUAUUGAAGUUCGACUUGUUGAUGGAAGAGACGAAACAGAGGGCAGGGUCGAAAUGAGUUACUAUGGUACCUGGGGUACUAUAUGUGACGACUCUUGGGAUGACAACGAUGCCAAGGUCGUAUGUCAACAGCUGGGUUUAUACCAGACCCAUGGCAAAGCAUAUAGCAUGAGGGCCGCCUAUUUUGGCGAGGGCCAAGUGCCUCACGUAUUUAUGAAUAAUGUUGCUUGUGAUGGGAUUGAAGAUAAAAUAGAUGAGUGUGGUCUUGUCAGGUCUGUGGGAAACUGCCUUAAAAGUAAAGACGCAUCAGUGUCAUGUUUGAGAGAACCUGUUCAAAAUAGGGUGAGACUAGUAGGAGGGUCAGAGUACGCUGGUAGGGUAGAGAUUUACCAUAAACUUAAGUGGGGAACUGUUAAGAAUAGCGACAAACCAUUCGGAAUCGACCAACAUGCUUCAGCAAAUUACUUCGAAAGAGUCAUAUGUAGACAGCUUGGUUUAACAACAGCGUUGGAGAGUGCUGUCAGAUACCGUGGAUCCCCGUUCGGUUACGGAUCAGAUAGAUCCUUACAGUACAUCAAAUGUUACGGAAAUGAAUCCACGAUUGACGACUGUGUACUUGAAUGGACGUCCAACCUCUAUUGGCGUGCACCAGGUUGGUUCCAUUGGUCAGACGCAUCAGUGUCCUGCAAACCACAUCCUUUAGAAGUGAGACUUGCUGAUGGUGCCACGGCAUCACAAGGUCGCCUUGAGGUUAACUUUAAUGGUAUUUGGGGAACCGUUUGUGAUGAUUUGGUAACUCCAACUGAUGCUAGAGUUGUAUGUAAGAUGCUUGGAUACAACGACGGCAGAGGUAUUGUCGUACCAAGGGGAACUUUCCCUCCAGGAGACGGUCUUCGAACUUGGAUCUCGGCGUUGAUGUGUGGGCCAUCUGACACGAUCAUCGAUAACUGUGACAGAAAUAAAUUAAAAUUUGGCAAGAGAUGGGCAUGUGACCAUUCUGAAGAUGUCGGUAUAGACUGUGACCCGCCAACAUCGAAAGAGUUGUGGAGGCUGGCCGGUGCAGGGGAAGGUGCCGGUGUGUUGCAAUACAACAACAAUGGCAUAUGGGGAAUAUUUACGAUGUUCAGUACUAGUACAAAGGCUUCACUCGCCCCCCUUAUUUGCGAAUAUUUUGGGUAUGAUCGCAAAAAUGCAAAGGCACUGCGAGAUUAUGAAUACUACGAUUCCAGCAAAGGAUUCCCUGUUAUUUCGAACCAAAUCAGAUGUUCAGCCCCUAGGAUUUCACUACGUGAUUGCAAACCAUCUCUUAGGACACCUUCAUACAAAGUAGCACAUAGGAAUAUGCUUAUCGUGUCAUGCGUGCCAGAGACAGAACCGGAGGAUACAAGAAUUCGACUAGUUGGUGGUGAAGAUGAUACUGAAGGUAUGGUGCAAGUGAGGGGUAGGGGUAUAUGGGUAGGGAUUGGAGAUUCUCCUACUAGUCAUUUUAACGACAAUCACGCUGCAGUAAUUUGUCGACAAUUGGGCUUCAACGAUACAUCAAAUGCUGCUUCAUUAAAAGAAUCCUACUUUUCUAAAAUGGAUGAUCCAAUAGUGUUACGGAUUAAAGAUAAGUUUUGUUCCCUGGAAACAAACAUGGAUAUCAGGAGAUGUACAUAUCCUGCCUGGUUCAUAGAUACAUUUCCAACUAUGGAUACUGCGGCUGUAUCGUGUACAAAACCAAAACGCGAAACGUUAAGACUUAGCGGGGGUUCUGAUUCGUUCGGUAGAUUGGAAGUGUUCUACAAGGGAGAGUGGGGGACAAUCUGUGCUUCAAACUGGAGGCAACAACAUUCCAUCAUUGCGUGCAGACAACUUGGCUUUGGCAGCACCUAUGCACAUAAAAUACCUUCAGGAACAUCAAGAAGAGAAAACGUGCCAGAUAGAAUAUGGUUGCAUAAUUUAGCAUGUACUGGGUCUGAGAAAAGACUGGAAGGAUGUCGACAUAAUGGUUGGGGAUUUGCUCCUUGUGAGCAUGCGGAGGAUGUUGAGAUUACAUGCGAAGAAAUUUUGGAAGAAGUUCGACUCGUGGAUGGUAUCGGUCCUUACACUGGUCGAUUGGAGGUAAAACAUGUGGGCGAAUGGAAGUCUGUAUGUACCUACAUGAGAUGGGAUAGUAAAAACGAUUCGAAAACUGUGUGCAAUCAACUAGGCUACAAAACUAAUGACCCAAACUUUAUAUACGCUGCGCAUAACGAAAAGAUCCGCAUGGGAACCGAUGACGAAUUUUCCAUGGUGCGAAGUAGGUUGACUUGCGAUGGGACAGAAGAUAAUCUUGGGCGAUGUGGUCAUCAGCAUGGAUUCCUUUCCUUUGUUCCUGUAACACCGGCUAGUCUCGGAAGUGCUUUGUAUAAUUGGUGCGUUCACGAAGACAACUCUGUGUGGAUCUACUGCCCAACUGAUACGCCACUGGUUAGUCCGACGCCUGAGUCCUGUAGUGAUGGUUGGUUUCUUGAAAAUAUUGUGACUGAUAAGAUGGUUUGCGCAAAGAAAAUAAUCAUGGAAGAUUGUUCUGUAGCUGGACGCCUCACAGGUUAUCCACUAAUGUGUGAGGAUGAGGAAGGGAACGUCGUAUCUAUGACGGGGUUGAAAAGUGUUGACGGCUGUCCAACAGGUUUUGUGACAACAUACGAUACGUUUGAUGAAAGCGAUAUAAACUGGAUGAAUGAUGUUAUGUCAGCCUAUGGAGAUGAGGAGACUCUUUGAAAAUAAACUAAAGUCUAAGCUUGUAUUCGCGGAUGCAAAUAACAGCUUUCGGCUAAUAGAUUAACCCACUUUUGUAUGGCAAACAAAAAUAUAUGAACUGAAUAGUGGCAGGCGACUAUUCAUAUUAAAAGGAGUUGCCCAUAAAAUAAUAGAUUAAUCCGGUAGCCGACAGUCGAAAGUUGCAUUUUGAUAUUUUCAGCUUGUUUUCAUUUUAGAAGUAUAUGUAGAAUGUAAUUGUGCUUGAGAUUUGAAUGUAAUCGCAUAACAUGCCUUGUUUAUAACCAGGUGACACUUAUCCACAUAUUUCAAACAAUGUUAGAUUAAAAGGAUCAACAAAAUAGAUAAUUGAAGUGAAUAGUUUAUUGCAUUUUUGGGGUUUCUUUUUUUACCAUGG